CGGAAGCGGAAGCACGCGUCCCCCGCUCUCGCUUCCGGGUCAUAGGUGAAACACCUGGUGGACCUACCCACGUGGAGGAAAACGAAAAAGAAGCACCGUGGGAACCGGCAGCGUCCCAGGUUAGUCCUUUCCGCUCGAGAGCUCGCCUUCUCUCAGCGCGAAGCUCUGUCGGAACAGGCAGCGGCUUCAGAUACCGUGAAGAGUUGAGCUCCUUUCUUCCCGGGUCUCCCAUUGCCUUUCGAGGCUCACCUGCUCGUGCAGCACUGCAACAUUUGAUCAGUUGCUGAAGAGUUACGACUGAGUCUUGAUUCAUUAUAUAAACUGCAGGCCCACUUUCAUUAUUGACUAUGGAAUAUUUGUCAUUCAUUUGCAUUUUGCUGUGCUCUUAGUAUCUGCCAUUUUGCACGGCCAGUUUUUUCUUUGCAGUCCAUCUUUCUCGAGAGCUUUCAAGAAUUUCUUUCUCAAGCCCCAACUCUGGCUUAAUAGCAUAGGAAUAAGGGGUUGGGGAGAAGGAUGCAAUACAUAUGGACAGAGAGCGUGUCCUUUUAGUGGUUAUAGGUCAUGUAAGGGACAUGGGUGGCGCUGUGGUCUAAACCACUGAGCCUCUUGGGCUUGCUGAUCAGAAGGUUCAAAUCACCGCGAUGGGGUGAGCUCCUGUUGCUCUGUCCCAGCUCCUGCCAAGCUAGCAGUUCAAAAGCACACCAGUGCAAGUAGAUAAAUAGGUACUGCUGCGGUGGGAAGAUACAUGGUGUUUCUGUGCGCUCUGGUUUCCGUCACGGUGUUCUGUUGCACCAGAUGCGGUUUAGUCAUGCUGGCCGCAUGACCCAGAAAACUGUCUGUGGACAAACGCCGGCUCCCUCGGCCUGAAAGCGAGAUGAGCGCUGCAACCCCAUAGUCGCCUUUGACUGGACUUAACCAUCCAGGGGUCCUUUACCUUAUAGGUCAUGUACAGAGCGUAGCCGACGGUUGUAGGUCUGGAAAGGUGUGAACACCGCAGACUGUGGUGGAAGGUAUAGCCUGGUCCUAUGCUUGUUUAACUUGAAUUAAGAGCUGAAUUAAGGUUCAGGAAGGUGGUGUUCAAUAGGGCUUGAUUCCAUGUAAGUGCGGGAUGGUGAGGUUCACAAACACAAUUCGUGUGUGACUACCCAUCAAGUGAUGUUUCCUUGCUCAGGGAGGAAGCUAAACCUGUAAGCUGUCCCCAUUUUAAAGUAUUGUACAGUAAUUAUGUUCCUCUAUGGCAUUUCCCCCGUGAUUACAAUCUCAUGUGCAUUAACCGAUGAACAUGUAUAUAUGAGUUCAUACUUAGUGGCAAUGUGCAUGGAAAUAAGGAUAGAGAAUCUCUUGUUGGGAGGCCUUGUGCCAUCAGCUGUAGCCAGCAUGGCUGAUGAUCAGGGAUGAUGGGCACUGUAGUCCAAGAAACAUCAGAAGGGCCACAAUUUCCAUGUACCUGGUUUAGCUAACCUUGGCCAUUAUCUCAGUAAUAUUUGCAAUAAUGCUGCAAGGUAAGUUGGAAGUGCCUUCAUUACAAAUAUGGAAACAGGGUGAGGUGACUGAAAUGGAGAGUUAGUGUCUUGCUGAAAUCACCCAGUGAGUUAAUGACUGAGCCAAGGUUUGAAUAUUUUGACAACUUCAGUUCAUGACAGGUGUUCUUAACUCGUAUGCUGCUUCACUGCUGUUGUUGUUGUUUUGCAGGCUCCUAUGCCCUUCUGUAGCUAGCUAUUAAUGUAGAUUUCAUGGUUGCUUUUAGCAUCAGCCAAAAUUGGUGCAACCUACUUAUGAUUUUGCUAAUAGGCAAAUUGGUACAAAACUAGAGAUUCUUUUGAUAGAUUUUGGUUUAUCUAAUACUUCCUAGAUCUGUUAAAACCUUUGAUUUCCCUCCCACAGGGUUAAAAAAUGACAUCCCUCGCUCACCAGCUGAAGCGCCUUGCGCUUCCUCAGAAUGACCCCAGUCUCUUGUCUCGAAGUGAAGUAGCAUCACUACUGUUUGACUGUAAGGAAGCUGCCAAUAUUGACAGGGAUACAUUUUUUGCAAUAGGUAAGUGAGGGGCUUAAGAACACAGUCUUGUAUGAUGCCUGAGGGGCCAAUAAAUUUGGCUGGCCUAUGCAACCAGCCAAAAUUUGUGGUUACUGCUAACUGUCUUCACUUAAGGAAGAAGAAGAUAUUGUCUCUCAUGCUGGCUUAAGUGUUGGAGUUAUCAGAAACAGGGGUCAGGCAUCGUUUCUCCAAAAUAGAGCAUGAAAUCAGAAAUGCACCUUUCAGUUUGGACUCGGUGAAAAACCAUAUGUCUGCUCAGCACAGAAUAUGCUCACCACUGGUGAAUGCGUUUGUGGACUCUGAACAAGGUUAAUUGUCAGUUUACCAUAAAGGGUCAUCUGUUUUCUGCUGCUCCAAAUGAAGUAAGAUUAUUUUGGAGAAUUUCAUAUUCAUCUCAGGAUUAUAAGCAGGAAUUUCUUUACCUUUAACCUUGGCUGAUAAUUCAUAAACAGUUCAUAAACUGUUGUGUAGAAAGGGUGAAUUCGCCUAGCUCUUUCUUGCUCAAAAGUAUGUUGCCUGAGAGAAAUAAAACUUUGCAGUUGUGAGAAGAAAAUAAACAUUAUUUCGAUAGCUGUUUAAUUCAGGUUGUAAGUUUAAUAACAAAUUAGGGGCAUUCUGUAUUACACUCCUGUUAUAACUGACACUCCUGCCAACCUAGCAGUUUGAAAGGACGUCAAAAUGCAAGUUGAUAAAUAGGUACCACUCUGGCGGGAAGGUAAACGGUGUUUCCGUGCACUGCCCUGGUUCGCCAGAAGUGGCUUAGUCAUGCUGGCCACGUGACCCAGAAGCUGUACGCCAGCUCCCUCCGCCAGUAAAGCGAGAUGAGCGCUGCAACCCCAGAGUUGUCCACGACUGGACCUAAUGGUCAGGGGUCCCUUUACCUUUAUAUCUGACACAAUAGUGAAAGCCCAUCCCCAGCACCCCCCCCCCCCCCAUAUAAGCAACAGCCUUAAGGUCCUUGCUACUUGCAGCCAGUAUGGUUACUCAUUUUUACACUGUGUAAGGAGAAACCUACCAGAAACUUGUGUUGCAUAAAUCUUGUGAGAGAUUGCAAUUUAGUUGGUUCUGGGGUGAUUAAAAGAACAAUGUCAUGUAGUAGAAACCAAGCUCGCUUAUAAAGAAGAAUGUAAAUAUAAUAAAUACAAUUGUGUUGUUUGUAUCUUGAGCCUGUGCAGAUAUCAGUAAAUUGCUCCAGACUGAAUGGCUCUACAGUGCAUCUGCAUGGAGAAAGUUAACACCUGGUUUAUGAUUCUGGCCAAUGUGAAUUAGCAGCUGUAUGUGUGCAUUUGCUGGAUCAAGCAUUAUUUGCCCCAUGUGGCUUCAUCGCCAGGGAUCCUCUGCAUAGAAUGUUUUGUCACUGACUGGACAGGCUCGUAAAACUGUGUGAUGUACUGAAAGUAUUCCAAUAUCUUUCCUAGGGUGCACUGGGCUAGAUGAGCUGAUGGGGAUUGAUCCUUCCUUUGAGAUUUUUCAGCCGACACUUUUCAGUCAAAAGUCCAAAGGUUUGGAACGCAGUGUCCAAACAAAGGCAGUAAACCAGCAGCUGGAUGAAAAUAUUUCAUUGUUCCUGAUUCACUUGUCUCCUUACUUCAUGCUCAAACCAGCGCAGAAGUGCCUAGAGUGGCUGAUUCACAGGUAAUCCAUUCAUGCACCUCUAAACCUUGUUUAUAGUAAACUGCCCACAUCUUCGAGACAGUUACAACAAGCGUUGUCCCAAGAGGGCAAUAUUCCAGGGCAAUUCAGGGAACAGAGGUUAUGGCAUUAGUCGAGAUGUGUAAUCAACUUUCACUUUAUAUUGUGUGAGGCUGGAUCUUGUGGUCUGCAAUUUGCAAAUCAGUCUCAAGCACUGCCCCAUGGUAGACGGGCAAUACUGUGACCGGUAGGAGCUAUUGUAAAGUAAAUGUAUUUGACACAGAAACUCCUAUGUCUAAUCAUGUGGUUGUGUUAUGUCUGUUUGUUAGGUUUCAUAUCCAUCUGUACAACCAGGACAGUUUGAUCGGCUGUGUAUUGCCCUAUCAUGAGACAAAGUUGUUUGUGAGAGUUAUCCAGCUUCUGAAAAUUAGUGACCCAACUCAAAGGUGGCAUUGGCUGUAUCCAAUUCAGGUGAAGUAGCAAAAGAUAAAUAUGUGUGAUUAUAUUUCUAAUACUGUUACAGUGGAACCUCUACUCAUGACCACAAUCCGUUCCGGAGGCCCAUCCUUAUGGUGAAACGGGUCUCUGGGAGAGGCGCCAUUGUGCACAGGUGACAAUUGCCCACUUCUGCACAGGUUUGAAUGGCGAUCGCCACUCCAGCGCAAACCUGCCAAUUACUUCCGGGUUUGCCGUGGUUGCAACGUGGAACGUCUGUGAGUGGAGGCGGUUGUAAGUAGAGGUUCUACUGUAUUAUCCCUGGUCGUCUGCAGCAUAACCUCAUCAGUGGUUUUAACACUUGGAACUUCAUGGGGAGCUCAUACCUUUGUUUAUCUGCCUUCUUUGCACAUUGGCUGUGGGCCUGGUCAGAGUCGACUUACUAAAUUGAAUGGCUUGCUUUUUUGGCCCCAUACUUACAGUUCCCUUUCUACUAUGUUCAUUUUUCUCUGUAUGCCAGGGACUGGGAAGCUGUGGCCCUUCAGAGAUUAUUGGACUCCAAAUCCCAUCAAGCCUAGUCAGCAUGGGCAAUGGAUGAAAUAUGAUAUCUGAUAUCCCAGCCAGCAUGUUUGGUGGUCUGGGAUUAUGGGAGUUGUAGUCCAACAACACCCCUAGCGCCACUGAUUCCUUAUCUCUGCUGUAUACUUUCACUGCUUUUUAAGUUUUGCUUUUUCCAUAUUGUUGACUAUACCUUUCAAUACAUUAAACAGAAUAAACCAGGAUUUUUAUUAUGCCUGCUCAGUCUUCCACUGAUUUACUUAUUUGUCACUAGCCACUCAAUUUCAUGUAUGUCUACAGGGAAGUGUAGGCUGCAAUCUUGUACAAAAUUACUAGAAAAUAAUUCCUACUGAAUUGCAUGGAGUAAACAUCGUAUUAAUUUCUAAUACAUUUCCCCAUCUUUCCUCCAAGGAGCUCAGAACAGCUUAUAUAAUCACUCACCUUCCGCCCUGCCCCCCCCAAUUUAUAAUCACAACAAACUUUUGUGGUAGUUUAGAAUGAAAGUGAUUGGUCCAGCAGCGCUGCUGGGAGUGCUGGGGCAAUCCAGUCAAAUGAGUGGCAUAUAAAUAAAAAAAUGGUUGUUGUUGUUGUUGUUGUUAUAGGUUUGGCCACAUGGCUGCACACAUAUAACUAGUGGCAUGUUCACAAAUACCAUGGGCAUCAGUGGUACAUAGAUUCAUGUAACUAGAUACAGGAUUAUUCUCUAUGAUGUAGAGUGCCUUGAAUUUAUGAUAAUGGGAACUACUUAUUGUUUUCUAUAUUUUCUGUCUGAAUUUUAAUUAACAAUUUUUUCUCUUUCUCUUCUGAUCCUUUCUUUUUUGCCUCAAUUGCAGAAACCAGGAGUCCCUCUUGCAAGGGGAACUUUGAUCACACACUGCUACAAAGACCUGGGUUUCAUGGAUUUCAUAUGCAGUCUAGUGACAAAAUCUUUAAAGGUUGGUGUACUGUUCCAGGGUAGUGUCAAUUUGAUGUUCUCCACAUUUGUUUAAAUACCACUUCAGUGAAACACUGAAAGGAAAGGAAAAUUGUUUAGAAAUUCUAAAUAGCAGUUUUUGUGUUGCAGCCCACUUAUGCUGGGCAGACCUGAACAAUGGCUGCGUUUACCAAAUAUCACACUAUAAAAUUAUUGGAUCAAUUUAGCUGAUCCUUCAUGAUUUAUUUAUUUUUCUUCCAAUGAAGGAUAUUUCCCUGGCAAAUGCAUUCUUUUAAAUAGGGGUUUAGCAUUCCUCAAUGGGAAAUAACUAUUAUCUUGUUAGGCAGUUGGAAUUUCCUGGGGUCCAUUUGCAUGCUUAUCAACUGGUGAUCUGGUACAUGUGCUUGAGGGUGGUGAGCUUCUCCCUGUUUGGAAGGAAUCCCAGGGGUCAUCUAGUCCACCCCCGGCAAUGCCAGAAUGUUGGCUAAAACACGUGUGACUUGUACAGGAUCUCUGGUAAGUACGUGAGCUAGCCCAACCUUUCUCAAUACGGUAUGGAAAGCAAAUGAUGCCAUACAAGUGUUGUUUUUGCCUUUGUUUUAUCAUUAUCCUAAAUACACUUCUCACUUCUCUCUCUAGGCCUUUUCACUGUACCCAGGGAACUUAUCACAACUGAGAGUCCUGUUUACUUUUUAUGCCUCUACAAUUGUGUCUGCUCUUGGGGCUGCAGCAAGUAUAACAGACUCUCUAGUUUCCAAGCUGCUUCCUUAUAUCCAAAAGGUACAGUUUUCCAGAAGUGAUUAAUUUUGCUUUUUCAAUUUGCAGUUUUGGUUUGUGAGCAUGUAUUUUGCAGUAGAUAAACAGAGACACCCUUUUUUUAACUAGCCGCAUGUUGAAUGUUGGCUUUGAAGGGAAAGCCUGUUGAUGUUGUCAUGGUUUCCAGAUGCAUCAGCAUUAUAUGAAAAUGAUACUUAAUAAUUCUCAGUCUCUCACGUUCUCUCAGCUAUUACUUUUUCCACCUGUAUUUGAAUUGUACAGUAUUAUAUAUUGGGGUGGGCGUGUUGUUAUCACCUGAGAGCACAAGGCUGUUUAUAAUCCUCAUCCCUGGUGUUUCCAGGUCACCAAUGGGACUUCAGUGUUAAAUCAAUGUUGUAGCCAAUGGUAGUGAGAAAUUUUACUGUAUUUAUUGGCAAUAGCCCAGUUCUGGGAUUGCUUUUCAGAAGCAGGAGCUGCCUUGUUUGCGAAGUGGAUAUUAUUUAAUUUAUGGAGUAAGGCAUUAAAGUUUUUGUAGAUGUGAGUCUUCCAAAAUACUUUGUUAAAUACUCCUCCCAGAGACCUGCCCUGUUUCUCUGUCAAAUUGUCAAAAAUAUUUUCUCACCCUAGGGUUUGAAGUCGACCUUGGUGGAUUACAGAGCAGCAACCUACAUGAUCAUAAGCCAGUUGGCUGUGAAGAUGACAAUGGAAGUGUCUCUGGUUCGUUCCUUGGCGUUGCAAAUCAGCAAGACUUUGACCAAAACGCCCUCUCUUAUCAAAGAGGGUUUAGGCUGCCUCAUCAUCCUGCUACAGAGUCAGAAGGAGGAAGGGCUUGGGAAAAAGUAAGUUGAGCUCUCUGUUUCCAGGAGGCCCCAACAUACAAGAUGCACUGAUCAAGUAGUUAAGAGGAGUGGCUAGAAUAGCAUUGCCCAGCUGGUAAGCAAAGUUGUAAGAAUUGGCAAGAGCAGGACAGUCAAAUGGGACUGCCUACCAGCAAGCGACCAGGCUGCUUGCAUGCUGUUGCAUAUUUCCCAGGAUUUUGCAAAGAAGCGUCAACUGCAAGCUGAUCGGAGCAAUCCAGUUUAACUGCUUGGCCUGAGUGAAUGCUUCCUACCGUGUGCAGAAGAACAAGAGCAGCUAAUUUCCUGGCUCUUCGAAGAUAACCAGCUGCCCUGAGUCCACAGCUUAGUCACCUUAAUAACAAAUGACUGACAGAUUAAACCUCUUCAAAUUGUUAAGAGCUCACAUGUGUUGAUGGUUGCUUUUGGUGUUUUCUCUUUUGUGCAGGCCGUUUACCUAUCUGUGUAAUGUUCCCAAUGUGAUUGCCAUCCUUCAUGAAAUUUCAGCAGCUCACGAUGUCAGUCCAAUUUUGCAUUACCUCUUGCCACACCUAGUUCAAUCGGUUAUUUAUGGAAAAACAGGUAUGUCAAUGGAUUCCUGGCGAUUGCUUUUGUGAAUGAGGUAUAGGAGCUCAGGUGUUUGAUUUCCCCUUAGAAGCAUAAUUAUUUUGGGGUCAGCCAGCCUCGCAGUGAUGGCCAAACUUGGCCCUCCAGCUGUUUUGGGACUACAAUUCCCAUCAUCCCUGACCACUGGUCCUGUUAGCUAGGGAUGAUGGGAGUUGUAGUCCCAAAAAAGCUGGAGGGCCAAGUUUGGCCAUCACUGUGAAACAAGAUAUUUCUUACAGCGGCAUAGAACCAACAUAGGACAGAAAAUACUACAUUCUGCUGUACUGCAGAAUUUUAUUUGUGCUCCAAUACAGUUUAAACAUACGGAACUUUUCAAUGUAAAUGUAUUGCUUUCUUAAAAAAAAUUGUUAUAAUGUAUUUAUCCUAUCUACCUUUUUCAGAAAUGGAAGAGAAAUCUGACUUGGUUGGUUAUGAAACCUCCAUAAAACAUCUAGAAGCUAUAGUUACAAGUAUACCUUUAGAAAAAGAUUUGGAUCGUUUAUUGGCCUGGUAAGCUAGCCUCUGUUGAGUGAGUUUGUUUCUUGUCCUUGGUGAUCUGGAGAGCAUCAGGUAGAUUUUUACUCAUUUUCAUCUUGCAGUGUGACUUUCUAGAAUAUAUCGGUUGCCUGUUCUAGACACAAGCAGAGAUCCAUAACUUGGAAAAUGAAAACAUAUUCAUAUUUUAAGUUCCAUUGCAUUUAUGUGAAUAAAAGUAACUGUAUAGUGCAUUCAGGUUUGGCACUGAGAGAGAAAAGUCCUUUGCAUGUAGGCUUGCUAUUAAAACGAAGAAGCUCACAAGGGAAAUAAAAUCUAAUUACUAGCUUUUGAAAUGAAUUGAGAACUGUCAAAAUGUAAAUGGCUUGUUUUAUUUCUGUAAGGUGAUAAUUUAUUCAUUUUCUUACCACUUCAGUAAAUUUCUGGAAGGGUAUGUCUCGUAUGGUGUAGAGAGUGACUCUGAUCCUGGCAAAAUGGCUGAGAUGAAUAAGCAGCUGCUUCCUCUAAUCAGGCUUUUUGAAAGAAAGUAAGUGGAGAGAGAUGUGUUACCUGUUAAAAUCAAUAUGUCUGUUGUCAGUAUUCUGGGGUCAUAGGGCAGUGAAGGUCAAUGUGCUCCCCUCCAGAUGUUCUUGGACUUUACAACUCCCAUCAUCCCUAGCCAGUGUGGCCAACAGUCAGGAAUGACUGGUCCAAUAUCUGGAGGGGGCACCAGACUGGUUGCUGCUGUCAUGGGGCAUGGAAAGUAUACAUGAGCCUUGAAUUUGUAACCUAAAUGUGUAGGUCCUUUACAUUUUAUGCCCUUGUGCACUCUUCCAAAUGUUAGGGGGAGGUUCAUUGCCCCAAAUCUCUCCUCAAGAGGAAGGUUUUAGCUACCCUGUGCAUAAGGCUUCAAGGUGGAUGCAAAACAGUGUUCUUUUGGGAGAGGAUUUAAAAGCCUGGGUGCAGCCACUGAGUACGUUCUAAUGCUCUAAAAGUAUCAGGGACUUAAUAGCUUGAUAGCAGAUUAGUUUCUGAUUUACAGUAAGCAUCUCUUCGGUGUUUUAGAUGUAUAUAACUUAUUGCCCUAAAUUAAGUGUUUAAUACAGGAUAAUAUAUGGUCUCCAAUGCACUCAUUCCAUUAGCACAAGGAUUUUACCCAUACACACAUCCCACAGCAUUCCCCAAUUUGCUUUGGGUGACUGGGGGAACCCCUGGAGCAGAGGAGAGGGAGAGGAAGUUCUGUUGGUAGCCAAAAGUCCUUACGCUGAGGGAUCAAGUUUGUUGAAUACUGCUCGGUGUCUUUAUAAUACCUUGAAAAUAAUUUUUACCUUCCCUGAAACUCAGGGGAAUAGACUGCCCUAAAAUGCUCUCUGGAAAACAUUUUCUUCUUCUUCUUCUGCCUCUGGCAGAUAUUCUGCAACACUAGAUUUGGUACUGGAGGAAUAUCUGAAAGAUGUUAGAAAUCAGAAGGAGCAGGAUCUCUUCCACCAGUUUAUUUCUCUUUCCAUGAGUGGUGGUAAAUACCAGGUAAGUCAAAGAUCCUCGAGAUUUCUUCUUUUUAAAUGUGUUUCCGUACCAGCAUUAUAAUCAGUGAGUGUGGUAAAAAAAAAUCCUUGUAAAAUGAAAGAUGACUGCAUUGUUAUGGCAUCUUAUCAGUAUUGAUGAAAUCAAGGCAUUUUCAGAUUUAUUAUCAAUAAUAUAUACAUUGCUAACACAGUGACCACUCAAUCCUUUGUAUGUCUACACAGAAGUAGAUCCCAUUGAGUUCAGUGGGCCUUACUUGUUGUUAAGUGGGUACAGGAUUGCAGCUCAAGUAAUCUUCAUUUGUAUCUCUAGUUUCUAGAAGAUUCCGAUACGUCUCUGCUGCUUAGCCUGAAUCAUCCGCAGCCAGCGGUCAGAGUUCUGGCUGUUCAGCAAUUGAAAGAAAUCAUUCAAGCAUCAAAGGUUUGUUUGCCUUUUGGGUCCCCCCCCCCCCUUUGUUGCACUUUUAAAAAUUAGGAUGUGAACUGAUUUAGCAAGCAGUGUGCCGGUGGCAACAGAAAAAUGUACCUUUACAGUAACCAAAGGUAAAUUCCCAGUAUUUAUAUCUCAUUGACUCUUCAUUUUAUCUGUUAACAUUAAGGGACAGUCAAAUCUCUGUUUUCUUCAUGUCAGUAAAAAGGUGAAACAGGCUUAAUUGGAUCCAGAGUGUCCAUUUCACAAACAAAAGGGCUCUAUUCCUUCACAGAAGGGACUAUGAUGCAAGGGGAGCUUGAGGAAAUUCAUAGAAUCAUAAAAUUGUAGAUGACCUGAAGGGUCAUCUAGUCCAACCCCCUGCAAUGCAGGAAUCUCCAUGACAGAUGGCCAUCCAAUCUCUGCUUAAAAACCUCCAGUUCUGUGGGAGGCAAUUUUCACUGAUCUCUUUCUCCUGAAGCCACCUGUGCCACCUGUCCUACUGCUCCAUAUGGUUCCCCAACCCCUGAAGCAAAUCUUCAUGGCACUGCAUUAGGAAGGAGGGGUCAUUGACAUUCAUACUCCCAUCCUACCUUCCUCUUCUGAGUGCAAGCCUAGAAUCAUAGAAUCAUAGAGUUGGAAGAGACCACAAGGGCCAUCGAGUCCAACCCCCUGCCAAGUAGGAAACACCAUCAGAGCACUCCUGACAUAUGGUUGUCAAGCCUCUGCUUAAAGACCUCCAAAGAAGGAGACUCCACCACACUCCUUGGCAGCAAAUUCCACUGUCGAACAGCUCUUACUGUCAGGAAGUUCUUCCUAAUGUUUAGGUGGAAUCUUCUUUCUUGUAGUUUGGAUCCAUUGCUCCGUGUCCGCUUCUCUGGAGCAGCCUGGAUCCAACCCAUCAUUGUCAACAACUACUGGGAUGGGUGAUUAGAACAUAAGAAGCUGCUUUAUGCUGUGUCAGACUAUUGGUCCAUCCAGCUCAGUAUUGUCUAUGCUGACUAGAAACAGCCCUCCCAGGUUUCAGGCAGCAUCUUCUGAAGACAUACCUGGAGAUUUCAGGGAUUGAACCUGCAUGUUUGCAACCCACACUGCAGGUUGCGAUUCGGCGCUUAUGCGCAAAGCGUGAUUUAGUGCUUCUGCGCAUGCGCGACUGCCGAAACCCCGAAGUAUCCGGUUCCGGUACUUCCGUGUUUCGGCGGUCCGUAACCUGAAAAAACACAACCUGAAGCAGCUGUAACCCAAGGUAUGACUGUAUAGCUCUUCCCCAAUCAGACUUCUUCCUUCUUUUGUUAUUGUUUUACAACAUGCAAGCUACUUCCUAAUUUAGCCUCUGAACAUGAGCAGUCAACUGUUCUCUCACCACUCCUCCUGGGCCUAGUAUUUUGGAGAGGAGCGGAGUUUCUACUAUGCUUCACUCUUUCCGAUUAUUGUGUGUUGAGCAUGAUGUACAGUCAACGCUGUGAGGCUGAUCAUGGGAAUACAGAAAAGCCUUCGGCUAAUUAUAGUUUGUGAUUAUGUCAUUAGACACAGUCUGUUGCCAUAUGAAUUCUACAACUGUGAUUCUAUAGACCAUCUGUCUUGCAGCUUACUGUCAUAAGUAAUGUGUAAUUAUCUAAAUAAUAUUGUGUCUGCUACUGAACUGGAAUUGGCGUUUUACUAAAAGUAUUAGUCCACGUCUUUUGAAUGUAAUUGAAUUGUAUGAUGAUUUCUCGCCCUUCCUCUCUUUUCAGGAAGGCUUUGACGACUCAUUUAUAGAAGAAGCAAUUUUAGCACGACUUAAGGAUGAUAAUCUAGAUGUGAUUAUGUCAUCUCUUGGUACAUUGGAGGUAGGCCUUCAUCUCUUCAAGGGCCCAGAAAUUCUUGGUAUUUAUUAUCAUUUGUGAUUGCCUGACUUACGAUGGCAUGCGUUUCUGGAAAAGCAUUCUUUUUUCGGUAUCGGCCAUGCAGUAAGAUAAACAUACUAAAGUAUGUUUGAUAGUUCUCAGUUUCAUCGCUUAUUCUUAGGUUGCAGUCCUAUCACAAUGCAUUUGAGAGCAAACGUAGACAGUUCUUACGCUCAGGAGUUAAAGUGUUUAGAUAGUUAUUCCAGGUUGUGGGUGUAGAUAUCCUCUUAACAUGUUAUGGCUUUGUUCACUUAGUUUUAGUGGAGACCAAUGUUCUGUCUUGCCACUAAAUUAAAAUUCAAGAGAUUUCCUUUUCUCUCCCUUGAAAGAGAGGAGUUUAAUAACAAUAUUCACAGAGCAAUCUAGAAAUCCCAAGGUUUUUCUCUUCAAAAGCAAUUUCCCAUGAAUAUAAAAUGCACUUCUUGAAAAUAUUUUUUAGUAAACCUGAAAUUUUGCUUUAGACCUACACAAUUGCUUCUAGUUUUUGUCCAUACAUAUGUGGGGUUUUUUAUACUGGUUCCUUUUUUUCUAGACCUGGUUGCUUAAUUCAAAGACUUUUGAUGAACAAAUUGGCUUCAGUCUGUUGUGUCUUUUUGAAAGAGCUGACCUCUCAAAGGAUGAAAAAUGGUAAGUGUUCAUUUUUACAGUUCCCUUCUGGAUUCUUUAAAGGCAACCUUUGCUAAGGGUCUCUUCAUACCUUCUCAGAAUUUUAGUUAUUUUACAAAUUUCAUUUAAUUUCUUGUCUGGAGAUCAGGUUAUACAAUACACUUUGCUGAUUUAGUGGCAUAUUGUUACUUACUUUAUUCUGGAAUUAUUGUGUAUUGAAGGAAUAUGAAUUAAGUGCUUCCCAUCUGACAGAGACUUCUGCUGGCAUUUGCUGAUUUCCCCCUUUCCUCUGCAGCAUCUUCUUCAGAGGGAAAUUCCAGAAUAGUGUGGCAGGUGGCACUGGGGAAUUGACAAAUAUCUCAUCCCCGUUUCUUCCACUGGAUUGAAGCCAAGGAUUCAGUUACUCAAAAAGAGGCAGUGGCAGGUUUCCUAGCAAUAAACAAAGAGUUAAAUAUAUAGCAUCUUCCAUGUCUUCAAGCAUAUAAUGCAAGAAAUUGGGAUUUGUGUUUUAGAGCAUAACGUUUCUCCAAACAAUACAAAACUUGUGUUAAUAAGCUCUGCUAGUAGAUGCUCUUCAGCAAUGCAGUCAUCAGCUUCCAUCAUAUUAAAUAACAUGCCAAUAUUAAAAUAUUUUAGGAAGGGGAACUGUGUUGCAAAACUUGCUUUUGGAGAUGUGGUCUAAAAAUACCCAUUGUUCGUUCUUCCAUGUGUGUGCCAGGUGCAAGAUCCUGGAGACUGCAAUACACCUUUUAAUCAAAGAAGAGAUUCUUAAAGAGAAUAAAGAGCUCUUAAACCAAUUAGUCCUAAAGGCGCUGCCAUUUAUAGUCAUAACCAGCAGUGAUUCUAACUCUGCCGAAUGGAAAGUAGCACUUUGUGUGGCAGAUUCUGGUCUUUGCUCCCUACAUCCUUUGCUGAAAGGCUGGCCACAAGGUAAGCCGUUAAAAAUAAAAAGAUGGGUUCCUAAAAUAAGUGACACAGGCUUUUUGGUAGCAUUAUUCACAGUGGUAGCAUUAUUCACAAGAUAACAAACUUACAUUUUUCUUUUAAAAAUGCCCGAAAAAUGUGGCUCAAAAAGAAGCAAGAUGUUUUUGGUUUAGUUAUUUUUUUAUUGUUCAGAAACAUUUUAUCAGUAAAAACUUAGGUUGUAGUCAAACAAAAUUUACAAUAGCAUUUUCUGCAUUCAGGGCAUAUAAAAUUUUAUUUUUAAAGUGUGCAUGAUACAAAGAAGAAAGGCUUUGGCAACAUGGAAUAACUUCCUACAGUAAGAAAAAGGCAGGGAUAAAUGUACAGUUGAUAUGACGUUAGAAAAACAUCAAUGACAUUGCAUUUUUGAACAUGAAGUGAAGAAGACUAUGCUGAAGGCAAAGGUUUUGCAGAAUUUAGGCAGUCUGCCAUUGUCUUUAAACAUACUGGAUUUGAUGUUGUGUCUGAUAUAUUAAUGCUAUUUUUUGCUUUUUGGUGAAAUAGCUUUCAAAAAGGUGGUUAAAGUUUCUAAGUCAGAAGACGUGAUAGGUGCAUCUAAUGCAAAACUGAUCAGCCUCUUGUCAGAGAACCUAAAUUCAGAGGAUUCUUCCUUCACUUUACAAAUGGUAUGUUUGUAAUUGACAAUAUUCUUUCAAAUAAAAAGCUGUUAUUUAAGUUGUAUGACCAGUAGAUAUAAAAGAUGCUUGAUCACAGGCAUUAUCACAAUAAAGCAACUCAUAGAUUGGGAAGAUGCAAACUGUAGUUAUUGAAACCCAGAUUGAAUGAUGGACACGGAAUACUUACUUUGCACAAUUUGCACUGCCUCACAUUGAAGGAAAUAUGCAGAACAAGCAUAUGCGAAGCUCCCUUGAGCAAAAUUAUUGUCCCUGAUAUGGUCUGCUCUGAACAGCAGCAACACCCCAUGGUCCCUCGGGCCAUUUAUUUAUUUUAAAAAAUUAUACCACCUCCUAUUUUAAAAGCUCUAAGCAGUUUCUAUAAAAAUGAACGCAACAAAAAUCCAACAAAGUUCAGUAACAUUUCCUUAAAAAAGCAAAAUGCCAGUUGUAUCUCACAAAUAAAAUUGAGCAGUGUACAAAGACAUGUUAAAAAUUAAGAGUUACAUUCCAGGGAAACUUGUGUAAACAGAUACCUUUUUAAGAGGGCUUUAAAGACUUAUCACUGUUUGCCUCAUGAAUUACCGAAGAGAGAAUGUUCUGGAGACUGGUUACUAAUGAUAUGAGUGAUGGCCACCAACUUGGAGGACUUCAAAAGAGAAUUAGACAAAUUCAUGGAGGGGAAAGGAUACUAGCCAUCAUGGCCGUGCUCUGCGUCCGUAGUCAGAGACAGUAACACUUCUGAGCACCAGUAGCUGAGAACCUCAAGAGAGGAGAGUGUUUAGGUCCUGCUUGCCACAGGCAUCUGUGAGAACAGGAUGCCGGGACACUGGCCUGAUCCAGCAGGCUAUUCUUUAUGCUCUUAAAACACCUUCCCAUCUGUAGCUCAUUUUAUAUGUUAAAACCAGGUUCUGUAUAUGGCAUGUGGAUAGGGGAAAUACACAGAGAAGCCAAAACGCAGAUAUUGGCCAACCUUCUUUCUAAAGAACUACAGUGGUACCUCGGGUUACAUACGCUUCAGGUUACAGACUCCGCUAACUCAGAAAUAGUACCUCGGGUUAAGAACUUUGCUUCAGGAUGAGAACAGAAAUCGUGCUCCAGCGGCACGGCAGCAGCGGGAGGCCCCAUUAGCUAAAGUGGUGCUUCAGGUUAAGAACAGUUUCAGGUUAAGAACGGACCUCUGGAACAAAUUAAGUACGUAACCAGAGGUACCACUGUAAUGUUACAAAAUAUAUAUAUAUAUGUAAAAGAAAAUUUACCUGUGUUUUCAUUCCCUUUCAAGGUGGAAGGUCUCAUCAGUAUUGCUGAGGAGUCUCAUUCAGGGCUACAGAAGAUAACCGCUCACAUUAUCAGCUCUGUUCUUGUCCAGUCCUGCUGCAGUAGAUCGCAAGCAGAAGAGUGUCGUUUGCCACUGGCUUUGAAGGUCUUCUAUCUUUUGAGGAGAAAAGUACAAAAAUUUGAAGACACUUACCAUGCGGAGGUGAGGACUCCUGAGUUUGUAAGCUUGACUGAAAGAAACUGAGAAUUAGGCAGGAAACAGAAGGGAUGUUUGUUCUGUGGUAGAUACUUCUAAAAUCUGUUGCAUAGUAGUAGGCAGCUGCAUUAAGACUUACCUGUAUCACUUCAGCUUUCAAUGAGAAGUGUUUUUGCUUUCUUUCCAGUACAGCUCUAAACUUGCACUGGUGUAUGGUUACAAUGCUUAAAACUAAUCUAAAACAACCUUGUUUUGGCAAGGUGCUCCUUGGGCAGUGCGAAGGAAGACCUGUGCCUAGCAAAAAGGGGAAGGGGAAAUUGUAGGCUAGAGGAGCAUACCGAGGUCCUUUCCUGAAAGUCAGAUGUUUGCAUCUUCAGGGAGAGAAGCACACAGUGGAAUUGGAAACAUGCAUUCUUAAGUUUUUAGGAUAAUUAACUCAAGGUUUAUUUUGAAUAGCAACAUUCAUUUGGGGCUUCUGAAUUUAAAGACAGGUGUUUCUGGUAUGCAUUGCUCUUUAAAAAAAAAUGAAGGCAGAGGGAGUACCGCUACAUAUAAAGAGCGAUGUUUUCAUUUUCAGGCAUUUCUCUGCGAUUUCACAUCUCACAGUGACCUGCUCUUAGAGGCAUUAACAACAUAUAUACAAAAGUUAAAUGCUGGAGAAGCUGUGGCUGUAGAAGAUUCUGUCUUGCUCGUCGUUUGGCUCAGAAGCUUUAUUCAAGGCCUGCUGCCUCCAGAUUCCUUUUCGAAAGGUGACUUUUUGGUUGCAAAAUGAUACUUUUAAAAAAGUCCUGUUGUAAUUGCUAUGCUCACUGCAUCACUGCACAUCGUUUUCUAAAGAAUGUGGAUCGUGGAAUGGUGACCAGUGCUAGAUUUAUGGCCUGCAGAAGGCCUUGUUCUGUUCUGAUCAGUCUUUGCUCCCUUUUUCUGUGCAUUCAUACAGAUGAGUUGUGGUGGAACCCUGAAACUUUAAGUGAAGCGAGCAAAAACUACUUACACCUGCUGUUGGAGCUCUUUGACAUUCUGGUCCGUGGAGCCAGUGAGGGAAUCUAUGCUGAUCAUUUUCGUGCAAUGAUGAAACUUCUGUUUCAGGUACCUUGUCCCUUCCUCCACCACCCACACCCUCCCAGCCGAUUUAAAUCCAUAUAUCUUAGAACUUUUUUUCUGGUUUUUAGUCUAAUUCAUGCACUUCCAAUACAUUUAUUUAAAAUACAGUGGUACCUCAGGUUACAUACGCUUCAGGUUACAGACUCCGCUAACCCAGAAAUAGUACCUCAGGUUAAGAGUUUUGCUUCAGGAUGAGAACAGAAAUUGUGCUCUGGCGGCACGGCAGCAGCAGGAGGCCCCAUUAGCUAAAGUGGUGCUUCAGGUUAAGAACAGUUUCAGGUUAAGAACGGACUUCCGGAACGAAUUAGGUACUUAACCCAAGGUACCACUGUACUCAUUUGGUCGAAGUUUUGCUGUAAGUUAGUUCCAGUAAAAUGAAAUGUAGGCGUUCGCCCUGUCAAAACCAGAAGAAAGCAACAAACGACUGAUGGGUUUGUGUGUGCGCACACACACCUGCGCACAUUCAGGACUUUCCUUUUUUAAUUUGAAGGUACAUUUGAAAAGUCCAGAGCAUGAAUUCAGAUUCCUCUCAGUCUUAUGGACGUACAGUUACAACCUUUCAAAUCAGCUGAACGUUGUGAUGGAUGCCGUGCAACAGACUCGGGCUUUGUACAUCGGGCACGCCAUGCUUGCAUCGCAGUCUGUGCAGAGGAAAAGACAACUGACACCAGCAAACUCCCCAGGUACUGCGCACUGGUCUUUUUGUCAUAUUUUGCAAGAUUUCCUCACCCGUUAGGUAGGUGAUUUAGGGGGGCAAACAUGGCGCAUAGAAACAGAGGGAACCUGGAAGGUGGGCAUAGACAAGGAGAUGUAAAUUAGUCUGUGGAGGGCAAUUAUCUGCAAGGACCUUCAUGCAAACCUAGCCUGUGCACUUAAUUCAGUAAAUGUGCUGAAAUCCUGAACAAAGGCACCACCCUUGUGUUACUUGCCUAUUUAUUUACAACUGUUCAUCAGGAUUCUCACAGAAAGAUGGGGGUAGAAUGUUUCUGAAAUGCAGCAAUUGGCUAGAUAAAUCAGAUUUCUAAUGGAAAGUUUGUUAGCAAGUUAUUGUUGUUGUUGUUGUUUUAACAAUUGUUAACCAUCAUUUUUUUAACUGUUUCCUUUUCUCCCUUUCCAGUGGUCAUAGCUUUGCUGAUCAAUUUGGGAAGUCCUGUGAGAGAAGUACGAAGAGCUGCUGUAAACUGCCUUCAUUCCUUAAGUGGAAUAAAAGAAUCUGUAUUUCAUCAAAUCAUUCAUAAUUUAGUGCAGAAAGCUGAGGAGAUAAUAUCUGACCAAAAUUACAUAAUCCAGGUAAGCCUCGGUGGCAAAAUACUGUGUUACCUGUUUUGAAUCGGACAUUCACCAUACUUGUUUGUCUCCCAGUGAUUCUGGCACUGGAUGAUAUUACCAUCUUCAGGAGACAAGUUUUUCAAGAAAACUUCGGACAAGGGUUUGACUAGGAGGCACCACCCAACUUCCUCUCUAAAGCCAUCCUUUUUCCUGCGUUGGUUAGAGAAGGUUAUAGAUGACAGUAGCCACAUUUGAAUGAUUAAAUAAGAUGAGAUGUGUGAGGUUUUUUGCAUCCACAUUUGGGCCUCUUGCUUCUGCUAUGAGAGUCAAGCCAGGAAGCUGCAGCUAGCCAUAGGUGACAGUUGCAUCCAAAAUAGGAAACUACGGUUAUUGGCUUUCAAACAGCUAGAAUAAGAAGUGAUGAUUUAAAGUUGGCUUCCACUUUGUGCUUAAGAAGUGGAAACAAUGGUUAACAGGAGCUUCCUCACAUGAAGGGAGGAGUGAAGUGGGAGUAAAGGGAUUGCAUUGAGGGUUCAUAAAGAUGGUACAUGUCUCAGCUUAUUAAGCUAAGAUUUGAUUGUCCAAGUAAUGUGAGUAGUGUCUGACUUUCUCAUUGGGGAGUUUAAUGCUUUUAUCCAGCAUUCCUACAGAGGCACUGGUCUCUGAGCCCCCAAUGAGCUCCAUCUAGUUGCUGACCCAGAUCAGCUCACUGGUAUCCUGAGGAACUGAGGAUGGUGAAAUGGCAAAGUAGGCAUCUAGGGUGCAGAUGGCAGAAAACACGUAAUGACUCACUGAACGCUGGUGUGAGCCCAUUUGCAGUCUUACUCUGUGGCAGCAUUGUCAGCUGCAACAAUAUACUUCUUUAUCACCAUUCCAUCUGCUCAGUAGCAUCUGAUGGUGAAGGGGUCUUGGGAAAAGUGUUUCCCGGUCUCAAACAUUCCAAUUUGGGGCAAGGGGGUGGUGUCCAGACUACUCAGAACUAUGUUGGAUAAUACUGAUUAUACAGCUAUUGUGCUGAAUAGUUCCUGAAUGCCUUCCUCCCCUUUUGUUUUAUAAUUUAGUGCCUUCAUAAUUUGUUUGAAGUACAACAAACUCAACACAAGCAAAAGACGCAGCAGCAGAAGUUGUCAGGAGCACUGGAAGCAUUACUUAAGUGUGUGCAAACCACCAAAUGUCCUUCAUACGUUGCAAGGAACCUGAUGAAAAUUCUUCUUGAAGUCAACGGCCAGGUGUGUGGAACGCAUUAUGUCAAGCGUUUGAAAAUGUGCUUGCCCAUCUGGAAGCAUUUUGUUGUGGAGUGGAACCUUGCUGUUCCUAAACUAAAUCAUGAUUUAGAUUAUUUUGUUCCACAAAAUGUGGAAUGUGCACAUUUCAGCUACACGUGCAUAUUUCAGCUACAGUCAAACCAAAUGGCUCCAUUUUCAAACAUUUCAGCUCCCUAACGCAGAAACCCCAGAAAUAAAUGCUCCAGUUUUCGAAUGCUUUUCGGGAGCCGAAUGUCCAGCACGGCUUCCGCUUGAGUGCAGGAAGCUCUUGCAACCAAUCGGAAGCUGCACCUCGGUUGUCAAACGUUUUGGGAACUGAACUGCCUUCCAGAACGGAUUGUGUUCAACAACCAGGGUUUGACUGUAAAUGCAAAUUUUGCAUUCUAAACUAAGAUGUAGAAAUAUGGGGGCGGGGAGCUAAGAUUUGUUCUGUCUGUUCCUGCAAAUGCUGUAUUACUACCUCAAAUCACUGUGUGGUAAACUGUGAUGCUCCUUUGGAGGUGCCCUUUACAUUGCAAAUUAAAAUCCAAAGUAUGGAAAUUUGGGUGGGUGGGUGUGCUUCUAAUUUUUCCAUCAGUUUGCCAAAUAUGCCAAACUGAAGCAUAUGUAGCAAGGGAAUAACACAUGUGUAACUUCUUUGGGAUCAGCCAACCUUGACCCUCUUCUGAACUUUUCUCUUAGGAGUCUACAUCUGGGGUCACCAGCAUGGCACCCCUGGACCCAUAUGUGAACUCAGAGACUUCUCUUACACCCACAGGGUCCUCUCCACCUGCUGAAAUAAGCCUUGAAAGAAACAUUCUUUUGAGUGGGGUGGGUGAAAAGGUGUCUAUGGCAGUUUCUUCAUUUUGAAGAUGUUUCCAUGGGCUCAAAAGGGUUGAUGACCCAUAAAUAUUUUGCCUUCGGGUACUUCUGUUGCACGACUCUAUGCCCUUCGAAUGUAAAAUAUAUAUUUCUGAAUGCUUGUUAAAGAGAGAGUUGAUCUUGAACACCUUUUCUGCUUUCAGGUGGUGCUUUCUCACCUGCUGCCUGUCCUGGAUCGAUUAUUGGAGAAAGCUCUUAAGGGAUCGGAGGGGAUGUUAAAAGAUGAAGCUCUUCUUCUGCAUCUCAUCCUUGGGAAGUACAAUGAGCAUUCGGCUGCCCUCCUUUGCACAAAUCAGCGCUGUCUGGAUUUGUUCAUCAAAGCUCUGCACGUCUCACAGGAAGUCUACAAAGGAUUGACUUUCCAGAUUAGAGCUCUUGGGCAGGUGAGAGAGGGACCGAUUGAGAGUCCCCGUAGUUCUUCCCAGUGGAAUUCAGUAUGUUGAACCUUUAAAAAUGGGAGAGUCCUCUUCACCCGCCCCCAUUUAUCAACAAAAGGUACCCACAUCUCUAAAGUGGGAAUAGCACUGAUCCUUUUCUUUCAGGAUGUGAGCAAAAUGCAUACAAAGGAAUGUUUUUACACAGAUUCUGCUCUUUUUGUCAUUUCUAGAUUACAAAACCAUUCUUUGCCGCAUUGCCAGAUGGGAAGGUUCAACAAAAGAUAUUGGGAGUUUUGUUUGAUUUACUGCUAAAUUGCAAAAAUCCACUUUGUGCACAGACAAUCGGCAGUGUUUUUAAAGGGGUAAGGUGGUCUUAAUCUCUUGGGAUGAUGAGAGUAUCCUCUUGCUAUUUGGAAUUAGUCUAUAUACAAUCAUGAUAGGAUGAUUGUGUUUACACUGUAUAAAUUGCAUAUUGCAUUGCUCUCAACUUGGUGCUUCAUGAAAACUAACUAAUACAUGAGUGCUAAAUUAUGAGAUUAAAAGCAUGGAACAGUUAUUAGAACGAUAGUCCAGAAAUAGUCUUGCAUAUUUGAGUGUGUGCAUAUGUGUCAUUGUAAAGCAAGAAAUAAUAUUGCGGGGAAGUUUUUCAUAGCAGUUUCUCUUUUCAAAGCAAAUAAAUAUAAAUGUAUUUAACAAAGUUGCUGUUUCUAUAUAAGUAUGGAGUUCUUUGGUUGUCUUUGACUUGUGCUCAAAGAGCAAAUCUUUUUUCCUUUUUUAUUUUAAAAAAACAUGCUUUUAACUAAUUUUCAAAAAGAACAUAAAAAUAUAUAGUGCCUUCCUCCCUGCCUCCCUUCCCCAAAAUGCAAAGUCUUACAGGGGAACAUUAUUCUAAAGUUGUAAGUGUGAGUCCAGUGGAUGCCACUGUACUUUGUGUUCUGUUGAGUAUGUGAUGAAGGGAUACCAUGUCUCUAUAAAAUCAUCCAAAUAUUUCUUUCUUGUAUAAUGUUUAGAUUUCAGUUGAUGCUGAGCAAGUUAGUGUGGAAUUGGAACCUUUACCGAAAACUAAGAAUGUGGCUACUGUUCACCAGACAAGAAGGCAGAAGAUGCAGCAGCAGAGGUACAAGGCAAUAGAACUCGAAAAAGCCAUUUGCAAAUCUGUGUGCAUUCAUGAAUUAACAUGAUUAAUAUUAAGAAUAAUUUAUUAAUCACCUUCUACACAGUUAUCUCAAGGCAGUGUGCGAUACAAGCAGCAAAAAACAGCUAAACUAAAAUAAAAUAGACAGGCAUGGCAAUGAUCCAUUUAUCUAGCAAGGAAAGCCCACUGGAACAAAAACGUCUUCUCUUGUUUCUGGAAACAGGCAGUAGGUGCCUCCCGAAUCUCAGCAGGAUUGGAGACAUUGGGCCAAGAUUGAUGGAGAUCCUACUCAUUGAGGUGGUCCUUGCAUUGAUUCUGAGGCUGCUCUGAAAAACAGCACAUAUAUUCAGGGAUAUCUGUGCAGCCAGUCGGAAGCCACGCUUUAGUUUCCAAACGUUUUGGAAGUCAAAUGGACUUCCAGAACGCAUUCUGUUUGAGAAUCAAGUAACAACUGUACAAUUAACUGGAAAUAUUGUCCAGUUGCCUUUCUUCCCAUUUGUGACCCAUCUACUUUUUGAGAUUAUUGACAUUGCUCACUGUAGUGUCCCCAACCUAAUAGGACUGAUUAACAAUUUUUAGAUACUGUGAACACUUUUGUAUCAUGCAGGCAUCCAGUCCAGUCUCGACUACAAAGAAAUUUCGCUUUGGUGUGCUAGUUCUUCAUAGACCAUUAUUUUAUUUUAUAUGGGUUUUUAUUCAGAUAAACAGUUUCUUUUAGAAUUGAUGGGCUAAGCUUCUAUAAAUGGAAUUAAAUCUCUUCUUUUUCUCCAUCCUUCAGAAAAGUUCAGGACCAGGAAUGUGGACAAGAAGAAAGCAGUAUGAACUGGCACAGAGUCACGCUUAUCCUGGAAUUGCUGCAACACAAGAAGAAGCUCAAACACCCACAAGCACUGAUACCUACUCUCUUCAGCUUGCUGGCUAGGUAAUGAUUUUUACUUUAGAGGGUGGCAGAACCAUAAUGGGGGACCAUCCAGCCCUUACAUGUGAGGGCCUCAUAGCACCAGAGUGUCCCUGUGGAGACUGGUCAGAAAAAUAAAGGGACCUGAUGGAGAUUCUCUACUUUGCCCCCUGUCAUGGAUGUGUCCCAAACCAGUAUAUAUGUACCUGGUGACUCAACAGUUGCCAAAUAGCCACCUUCUGAUCGCUACCCUGCGAAGACUGUUGUUCUCCAGCAUUGCUUUUUAACUGCCUUUCUGAAUUACCAGAUGCCUGGAACCUUCCGCAGAACAUGAAAAUCUGGAAUACACAAAGCAGCUAGUACUUGGUGGUCUGUUGAACAUUUGUCAGAAACUGUCCCCAGAUGGUACCAGGAUAAAAGCAGGUAAAGAAAAAAGACGUUUAGUUUUGGAUCCCAUGUAUGUAAGCUUGCCCCAGGCUUUAUAUACACUUACUCCUUUAAAAAAUAAAAAAGGUGGUUAGUACGAAAACAUCAUAUAUUGGCAUGUGAAUAUAAGUUUAACAAGGCUUGUUUCUAAUAUUGAAUUAAGCCUGGCUGUGCUUUCAGUCUUUGCUUUGCUUUUCGAGGUAUCCUUGAUGAAGAGAAGUUCAAUGUCGAGCUGGUAGUCCAGUGCAUCCGGGUUUCAGAGAUGCCUCAGACCCAUCACCAUGCUUUGCUCUUGCUGGGUGCAGCUGCAGGAAUGUUUCCUGUGAGUACAGGCUCUGCCUUUUUCCUCCUCCUUCUCAUGGCUGUUAUCAGGGAAUGGAAUUGAAAUUGGUUUCUAAGAAGAAGCAAGACUCACCCCUCCACUCCUUUUUUUUUUUUUUUUUUUAAAGAUAAUCUUCUGGUGUUCCUCUGUGCAUUGAUUCUAAAUCUUAUCUCUUUCCUGAGCCAUUCCUAUGCUUGAAACAGCUUCCCAUUUUUGCUUUUCAAGUUGCCUCCUUCAAAUCUGAUGUCAUUGUCACAGCCUUCUUUGGACCACUCUGACCUCCCCAAACCUCACUCUCCUCCACCCCCGUACUCCAUCAAUCCCUGAAUUCUCCCAGAAUUCCCAUUGUUUUUGUUUCUGGACACAGACUUGUCACUUCUCUGUUCUGAAUGGCACUUGCCUCUUAAUGAUGCAGUGUUGAAGAGCUACUUUUGCUUUCUUCUGCUUCAUAAGAAAUGCUGUUCUCCUCUCACAGCAGCAAGAAACUCAGCAAGCCUUGUAUUGGUAGCUGGGAGGGCCCAUCUCUAUGCCACAUAUUUCUGUGUUUACCCAGCAGCACCUAUGGUGUUUUUUUAAAAAAAGAAAUACAGAGACUUUUGCUGCCAAGAUAGGUUCACUCUCUUGCUAUGGGGUUAGAGUGUGAAUGUGCAAAUGUAGGAAAAGAUAGCCAGUUCUCAUAAAGCCAUUUGGAACCACUCACUUAAGUUCUCAGUAGAAAGGAAGGCGUAAUGGGUCAUGAGAAGGGGUUUAUUUCCUUCAUGAGCAUAAAUCACCCCAUGGAUGAGCUAAUCGCAGGUGCAAGGUCAGUCAGUCUUGUUGCUAUGGUAAAUAGCCUAGUGCCCUGACUAUAUCUGUGAUUAAUGUAUGUCUGUUCAGUAGUGUUUGUUGCUGUGGGAUGGAGUCUGUUUCUUGUUAUGUCUUGAGUUGCUGGGGUUUAUUUGGAGCAACUGAUACUUUGUACUUGUAUAUAUCUGCAUCUGUGAAAGCCCACAAACUGUAUAUGGCUACGUCCAUAACUGGCUUACUUAGCCUUAUCUUCCGCAAGAGUAAACUAUCCAAACCUUUCUCUCCUUUCAUGUGGUGACUGGUACCAGGAGCAACUUCCACUGCGUGUCUCUCUUACCUAAGGUUCCCACCAUUUUUAACUACAAAACAAAAGUGCAUUGCAGGAUUGAAUACUUGAAAAAAACACCCCACAAAUUCUAAUGUGUUGUGUGAGUGACUGAUUUCUCUUCUCCAGGGUAAAGUGCUGCACAACAUCAUGCCCAUUUUCACCUUCAUGGGGGCAAAUGUCAUGCGACUGGAUGAUGCUUACAGUUUCCAAGUGAUUAAUAAGACAGUGAAGAUGGUCAUUCCUGCUCUUAUACAGGUGAGCUAAUUCAAUCUGGGAAUGGGUCACUGAAAUACCUUAAGAAAGCCCUUGCUGGCUAACUUUCCAUUAAAAAUAAUUUAGUUCGGUUUUCCAUACUUGAUAUAGAACCCCCCAACCCAUUUUCGAUAGAAACAGUAAAAAAAGUAUGGUGCUGAAUGUACUUUUAGUGUUUAUGUUUUCUAUGGUAGUCAACCCAGAAUAAAAUUUUACAUGGUAUAAUUAUUGUACAUGGUACAAGAAUGGAGGAACUGUGCAGCCAGAGGGUAGAUUAUUCUUGAUAAAAAGGAUAGUGGUGGUUAAAUAGCACAGGGCAAGUAACUUCAGGAAAACAAUACAUUGCAGUGUUCAUAUUACAACUUUCUUUCCAGUCAUUCACUCUUUAUGUCUUUAAGUGGCUACCUAGUCUAACCUAAUCCAAACAUCUUGCAAAAGUAGAACUCAAAAAACAACUGUUACUAGAAAACCAUCUUCUGGCUUGAAAUUGUACUGAGCCUUAUGCCCUGCAAGUCCUCUCUGAAGGUUCUGUAUUUUCCCAGUGCAAGAUAAACAUUAGGGGAAGUCAAUGCGGUGCCCUCUGGGUGUUGUGAGUGGUCAGGGAUGAUGGGAAUUGUAGUCCAACUGAUCUGGAGUGCAAGACCAAGUUGGCUAUGCCUGUACAGUCAAGUGAGUGCACCUGGGUAUUCAACAAGUUAUACUGUUCUCUUGAGUCCUGGAUCAGGCCUGACUUCCCUUCUCCUACUGUCUUCUUGCCUCCAGGACUCACCAUUAGCACAUACAAGCGCACCGAUGCCUUUUUAAAAUGGAUAAUUCCCUCUCCAGGUCUUUUUGAACAUGAUGAAGUCUUCCUGCUGCAAUUGCAACUUGGGGUUUUCCUUUGUGUUUGGGGAAGGCCUGUUUUUCUAUGGCCUACAGCAAAAUGCUGUUCAGGUUGCAGUUUGUACGUACAACAUAUUAAUUCUUUAAAUGUUUCCUUCGUAGGCCGAGGAGGAUGGAGGUUCUUCAGAAACUCCAGGGAAUGUGGAAGGGGUAGUGGUUAAAAUAAUCCGCGUGUUUGUGGAUGCUUUGCCUCACGUUCCUGAGCAUCGGCGUCUCCCAAUCCUAGAGCAGCUAAUAAGCACUUUGGGAGGGGAGCGGUUUCUCUGGAUUCUUCUCGUAUUGUUGUUCGAACAGCAUGUGACAAAAUCUGUGGCUGCAGUAGCCAACGGAGAGAAGGUAAGAGGUGUCUUCUGUUGCAUAUUCUUUGUUUAAAACCUUGAUCGUCUGAAGGGGCGGUACUGGUGGCCCCUUUUGCCGAGCCUUUAGUGUGACAGUUUCUUCCCUGUGGAACUCCUUGCCAGUAGAAAUUUGGCAGCAGGUCAGCCCUGAUUUCUUUUAGACAUUGUGUAAUUCCGCUGUUCAGAACAGGCCUUCAGAACUUAGGGAAAAAAUUAUCAGCCAAUUUUGUUGAUGUGCCAUUGAUGCUUUUGCUGAUAUGAUUAUUGUAGAAGGGUUAUGUUUUUGUGUCAUAUAUACUGUGUGGGUUUUUUAGUGAAAGUGUGGUGUGGGUGGCUAAUUCCUUUUUUGAAAUAAUGCAAGUUUCUCCCUUACUAAUCAUCUCCUACCCAAAAUCUUCUUACUUAUACAGGACGCUGUUUUGGAGACUGAUACAGAAUUCUGGAUUUCCGUAUGCUGCGAAUUUAGCGUAAUCCAACAGUUACAGAGUUUGAUGAAAGUCCUGGGCUAUUUAACAAAGCUGCCAGAGAACAAAGAAGGUAAUUGCGGGGGGGGGGGCACCUUCCACGCCUCUUGCCUAAAUACAAUCCAGUUGGGCAGAACCAUUGGAUUGAAACCAGAUGCAAGUAUUCCUACUGACACUGUUCGUAAUCAUAAACUCACAGCGCAAUCCUAUGGAGUGGUGAGAUUGACUCUGUCGUCCACCACAUCCAAAGCCCUGUCUGCUCAUACUGCCGCCAGCACCCUGUACUUUACAAAGAACCCUCACCAUCCCAAUGUGCACCAAGAUAAGUUAAGCAAAUAAAACAUACGUACCUCAGAAUUAAUUCAUAUUACAUAUUAAUUUUCAGAAUUAAUUCAUAUUACAAAACAGCUUUUCAAGUUGCGCAUCUUUCCCCCCCAAAAGUGUAAGACUCUAUGCCCUUCCUCCUAUUGAGAUAUUUUAAUCUAGAGUUUAUAGGGAUGUUAAAACUCAUUUUCUUGUCUUGGAAAAUCAAUGCUAUUUGCUGGAUACUUUCACAGAGGACCCUGGGCAAAAGAAAUCGAGGCCCCCCAAGAAAAAACCACAGAGGCAGGAAACGGAGCUCUUUGAUGUGGAGUCUCACUCUGGCAAACAGCUGAGGCACUUCAAAUUCCUGUCCAUCUCCUUCAUGUCACAGCUCCUGGCUUCACACAGUUUUGUGAAAAUGGUAAGGCACGCAGAUCUUUCGAAGGGCUUUCUGUGGUUCCUUUUCCAGUUGUGGAUUUGCAUGUAAUCAAUAUCAUUUUCUGUGAAACUCACAGAAAUGUUUUUCCCCUCUUGACUGCAGCUUCAAGUUUGCUGUUAGGAACUGGAAGUGUACCUUGAACAUUGUGCACAAAAUAAAUUCAGUAGUUAUGCCUUACUUGCCUGUAAGCAAGGACUGCCAACCUAGCAGUUCGAAAGCACGUCAAAGUGCAAGUAGAUAAAUAGGUACCGCUCCGGCGGGAAGGUAAACGGCGUUUCCGUGCGCUGCUCUGGUUUGCCAGAAGCGGCUUAGUCAUGCUGGCCCCAUGACCCGGAAGCUCUACGCCGGCUCCCUCGGCCAGUAAAGCGAGAGGAGUGCCGCAACUCCAGAGUCGGCCACGACUGGACCUAAUGGUCAGAGGUACCUUUACCUUUACCUAAGGACUGCUUACAUAAAGAGAAAACUACAAUAAUAGGGGGGUUUCUGGCUGGGUGUCUUGGGAAGGGAGGUCAGGAACCCAAGCAAGGCACAUACAGAGGGGAAGAAUUCAAUGUAGCACUAUGGCAGUUGUUCCAUUGCAUUUCAGCUUGCUAGAUGAAACAAUCCCCCUUCUUCCCCCCGCUCCCAAGCUGUCUGGAGGUUCUGCCGACACACCCUGACCAAUCUGGGGAGCAUGCAGAGAGGAGACAUCCUUGCACAGGUUUCUGCUAGCAGGACUUAUUCAUUGAUUCUGGCCCACUGGUCUUCCCCUCUGAUUUUAUAUUGUGAAAUAGCUCAAAGGGAACCUCAUUAUAAUGGCUUACGCAGCAGAUCUGUUUUAUUUCCACUAGCAUGUUGAUAAUUUUCCUCCCUUCUUUAUCACCUAGGUGGUUGAAUGUGAAGACGCUGAGGAGUUAAAGGUCUUUGAGCAAAGGUACAUUUUGUUUUCCCUUUGGGUGCAAAUAUAAAACAGAUGUAUAAAAGUAGGCAACUCUUAAGUGAGUUUUUGACUGUGAUACAGUUAACAUUACUAUCUCUAGGCCUCCUCCUUUUCCAGGCCCAUAUAUGCAUCUACUAAAUGACCUGAAACUGUAGUUGGUUGGGUAAUGGAACAUGGAAUGAAUCUUGUGCCACAGUUAGGAGAAGAAUAAAUAUGGAAAUUUUAUUUUUAAUGUUGUGUAAUGAGUACAUUUUAAAAAACUGUUUGCAUGGUGUUCAACUUUUUCUCUUUGGCCAUGAAGGACUGGAAGCUUAAAAAAAAAAGCUGUGAUUGUCCUUUGGUUUUCAUAGUAUAUAUAAUUAACCACCAUAAUUCAGUUCUGCUGCCUUUCUCCUAUAAGGGGAGCUGAAACAGCAAAAGCCCCAGCUGAAUUUCCUUCAUCCAAAUGGAGAGAUUGCAUUUGCUCAUGGUGGUCAUUAUUGUUGUUUAUCCAGAUUGUUGGAAGAAGUUCUUUGCUACAUCAAUGCUGUGGCACAAUCAGUGGAAAAAAAUGCCGACACGCAAACAGCAAAAUUCUGGAGGGCUCUGCUCAAUAAGUCCUAUGAUGUACUGGAUAAGGUAAGUUUCUUUGGUUGACGGUGAUGCUGUUGUGAGCUGUCAUGCAAACCAAGCAAACAUCAUCACACUGCGUGCCUAUCUGAUUCAUCUAUUGAUCUCAGGGGGCUGGUUCUUCAACACUUAAAAAGUAAGGAGGAACCCUGUUUUUCCUAGUUUUUUUCCAUAAUGAAAGCAGUCCCGACACCUGUGGGAACUUCCCUUUUUUGGGCAUGGUACAUUUCACUGCUACUUCCUUUCCAGGUCAAUGCCUUGAUGCCAACGGAAACCUUCAUCCCCGUCAUCCAAGGCCUAAUGGCCAACCCGCUGCCUUCUGUGAGACGUAAAGCCAUGGACCUCUUGAACAAUAAGCUGCAACAACGCACACAGUGGCAGCAAUCACAAGUAACCCCCAUUCUUCUCACUGAUUCUUUUCCCUCUUACCAUGGGAAUUUGCUGUCUCAAAUAACCAAAUCCCUUCCCUACCCAUGUGCUUUUAAAAAUGGCACAAAGGGGAAGAGGGUCAAGGAUUCUGAGAAAAGCAUUUCACGGGCCUUGUAAGGGAAAGAAAAUACGUCCAUGUAUAGCGUGACUUUGUGUUUGGCUUUGAAAAUGGGAUGUUUACAUUGCCAGUCCACCCUUUAUUUGUGCCUUUGGAGCAAUGAUACCUUACUUGGCACUGAAAUCCUAGUCAAUAUUGAUUUGCCUGCCUAAUUCUGUUUUUCAGGUGGAGUUGCUGUUAGAAUUGGUUCCCCAUCUCCUCACAGUUGUGCGGCAUGAUACAAGUGAGGCCAGCGGGGAGCCAGAGCAGGCGAUCAACAGGCAGACGGCGUUGUUCAGCCUGAAGCUGCUGUGCAAAUGUUUCGGCCCAGAAAGGCACGAGCCAUUUGUGCCUGUGCUGAAAACCGCCAUCGAUGUGAUUUCUUCAGAAAGGAAAGAAAGAAACCUUGCAGGAAGUGCUUUGCUCUGCGCAGCUGAGGUCACCUGUGUGCUUAAAGCACAGGCCAUACCUCACCUACCAAGGUAGCACUUUGAACUUGUACAGUAAAUAAUGCAUCUAGCGUUUAUGUAGGACUUUAGAAUAUUCAAAGCAUAUUAUGUCCAUUGUUUCAUUAAUAUUUGAAGGAGCUCUGCAAGGUAGGCCAUGGAAUUUUAUGCUCAUAUUGCAGAUACUUGAGCUUAAAAGCUGAGAAUAAUGACAGAUAGGGAUGACUGAAGCACAAUUUGACUUGGGGACAAAAUUUAGUAACUACAGUCUGUCAACAUCUGGGAACCCAAAGUUGAAUAACUCUGCUUUUAAAACAACCUGUGGAGAAAUAUAUUUGAGUUGAAAACUGUAGAAAGAUCGUAAUUUUUUUUUUCAGGAGAGCAACCUGUUUGGAAAUAAGUGAAUUAAUCUUCUCUAUAUGUUACUUACAGGCUAAUGCCAGCAUUGCUGAAAAUACUAAAACACAAAAAGGAGUUGGUUGCCAGUGAAAUUUACUUGCUUAGCUCAGUGACGGCUCUAUUGAAGGUUGUAGAAACCUUGCCAUGCUUUCUCAGUCCAUAUCUCCAGGAUAUUUUGCUGCAGGUGGGUCUUAUGUCUUUCUUCAGUUUAUGAUUAAUUAUGAACUGCUCAAGCAACAUCAUCUGUGCUGCUUCUCUGGCAGCUAAUUAGAUCUGCACAUUUGCUGCCUUUUAGGUGGUCCGUUUGGAAAGAAUUGCCAUUGAAAUGGGCCCUUCAUCUCCUGUUAAUCUACGUGUGACGUCUCUGAAAAACACCCUGGCAACGACACUUCCACCGAGAGUCCUUCUGCCAGCAGUUACGAAAUGUUAUGAUGAAAUUGCAAUUGUUUCUAAGGUUAGAUGUGUUCUGCUUCUUCACUUAAGUAGAUGAUGAAGAUGAUUUAUUAAAUUUGUAUGUCCCUUAAUCCGUAGAUCUCAGGGCAGUUCACAACAUAAAACUUACAAACGUAGACAUAUUUUAUAUUAACCCAAAAAACUGUUUUAUAGUGCAGUUUUGAAACCAAGUGACUUUAUGUUUAAGGAGGGGGAUUUCUGUCUGCAAAGAUCUGGCCUUACUUUCCAGAGGCUCUAGCUGUAAUUUAUAUACAGUGGUACCUCGCAAGACGAAUGCCUUGCAAGACAAAAAACUCGCUAGACGAAAGGGUUUUUUGUUUUUUGAGCUGCUUCGCAAGACGAUUUUCCCUAUGGGCUUGCUUUGCAAGACGGAAACAUCUUGCAAGUUUGUUUCCUUUUUCUUAACACCGUUAAUACAGUUGCGACUUGACUUCGAGGAGCAACUCAUAGAACGCGGUGUGGUAGCCUUUUUUGAGGUUUUUAAAGACUUUGGUGAUUUUUGAAGCUUUUCCAAAACUUUCCCGACACCGUGCUUCGCAAGACGAAAAAAAUCGCAAGACGACAAAACUCUCGGAACGAAUUAAUUUUGUCUUGCGAGGCACCACUGUAUUUCACUUGUGCUCUAACAGUCUCAUAUUUGGCAAGUGGUUCCUGGUUGUUGUUUUUAAAUGCCAACUUAAAGGACUAUGAAAGCAGAUGGACCACCAUUAUCUUAAAUAAGGGCAAACAUUUCAUAAUUGCUAGUCACCUAAGAAGCCUCUGGUUCUAACAUUUUCAUACUGAAUGCUCCUAUACUGAUGAAACCAUGUUCCGGAAAGAAAAUGCCUUUUCCAUGUUUGUUUAUUUCUAUUAUCUUAGAAAAUACGUUUUGUUCUGAUUUAAAUAUAUGUCUAUCAUAUACUUGGUCUUGUUUUGUUUUCUAGAACAAUCUAGGUGCACUUAUGGAUAUUCUGAAGGAGCAUAUCGUAAUUCUAGAAAAAGACUCGCUUGCUGCCCAUCAGUCUGAGCUAACAGCAUUUUUCUUGAAGGCCUUGGACUUCAGAGCUGAGCAUUCUCAGGUGGUGUAUGGAAGGUCUUUGGGGAACAUGCAAAACUAUAAUAAUUGCCCAUUACAUGGUAUUCAGCUUAUUUUUUUAUUGCUCUGGCCACAGUUCUGCACCCAGGCUGAGUAACUCACUAAUUUAAGCCCAACUGUGUGCAGGAUUGCACCCACUGAUUCUCCAUUUUUAGAGAUGGUCACAUAUUGGCCAAUUAUUGCUAUUGGGUUGUUUUUUUAAAAGUGUGUACUUAAUAUUAAGUAUAGUAAAGACACAAGAUGAGAUCCAGUUGUGGCAGUCUGCUUGCACAAUGGAAAUUCACUUAAGCAACAGGCCUUGCUGUCCCUUCCAGCCUCCUGAGCUGAUCCUGCUCAGGCCUGCAACUCUCUGGUAAAGAUUUGGUAAUUUUUUGGGGGUGGGGAGCAGAGAAAAGAUAAGCCCUGUUGCAUGAUUGGUAGCCCACACUCACUACGUUGUAUCUCACCAAUAGACUAUUAAGUGAGCAUUGUAGUGUUGAUUGGUACUGUCGGUUUUCAUCUAGGAUGACCUGGAGAACAUUGGGAAGACGGAGGCUCAUAUUAUUAAGUGCUUAAUCAGCAUGGUUAUGAAGCUUUCUGAAAUGUCUUUUAGACCAUUCUUCUUCAAGGUGGGUGUUCUGUCCUAUUUCUGUCUUAGCCAUUUAUAAGCCGCCCAGGCUAUUAUUAUUUUUAUUAUUAUACAGAAACUAAAAUUCCUCUCUCUGUUUCAGCUCUUUGACUGGGCCAAAACGGAGGGUGCCUCUCGGGAGAGGCAGCUGACUUUCUGCCGACUGGCAGAUUGCAUUGCCGAGCAGCUAAAAGGACUCUUCACUCUCUUUGCUGGCCAUUUAGUGAAGCCAUUUGCGGACACACUGAACCAGAUCAAUACUUCCCAAACAGGUAGGAAGAAGACACUCUGGAAUGCAGUAUAUAAAAUACCGCUCAUUUUAAUUCGUUUUUGUAUUUCUCUCUUCUUUUUUUUGCUGCACUCACACUCAGUAGUUUUUUGCAAGUCGAAAACCAGCCUGGAAAGUCAAAAUUAUUGAAGCAGAAUACAUCACAGGAAUUACAAAAGCUAUGCAAGUGUUAGAUGAUCGGCCUUGUAUUUGGCAGUGCCACUUCUAUUUUAAACACCUUGUCGUAAUUUUCAUAUACUAUAUUACUGGAAUGAAACUCAUGAGAUAUUGCCAAAUAGUCUAGAAAAAUAUUACUUAGGACUAGGAUCUGUAGGGACGGAUAGGAAGCUGUGCAGAAUUGAAAUAAUAUUCCUUUCCUAGCCAUUCCCCAACCUACUGAGUCUUUAGGAGACCUUGCUCUCUAAAGCUAGCCUUAAGCACUAGAAACGUGUGCAUUUUUGAAAGUAAUGUUUAUGCUCAAAAGGAAGAGAAGACUACAUCUGCUUUGAGCAAAGGCAGAAAGAAGAGGGAAAGCACAUUAAAAUCAUAUCUACCUGCCGUGGUUGAAUCAGAGGAUACAGUCCCUCUAAGUAGAUGUCUCCUGUCCCAUGGCAACCUGAGAAGUGUGCUUUUUCUAAAUGACUAUUGUAAUAACCAGGAACUUGAUGCCCUGGAUAAUAUACUAGAAGCCAGCUACAACACUGGCACACUGUAUCACGCACUGUGGGUCACAAUAGUUUUGCCAUAACCAGUCAUCAGAGGCUGGAUGUUGCUUAUACAGUGGUACCUCGGGUUAAGUACUUAAUUCGUUCCGGAGUUCCGUUCUUAACCUGAAACUGUUCUUAACCUGAAGCACCACUUUAGCUAAUGGGGCCUCCUGCUGCUGCCGCGCGAUUUCUGUUCUCAUCCUGAAGCAAAGUUCUUAACCCGAAGCAAUAUUUCUGGGUUAGUGGAGUCUGUAACCUGAAGUGUAUGUAACCUGAAGCGUAUGUAACCCGAGGUACCACUGUAUCUAUAUAGUGAAUAAAUUAGCAUUUUAACCAUGGCCUGCCCAUACAGCUAAUGUCAUGUGAUAUUCUCCUAAUGAGGCUUGUGCAAAUUGUAGCCACUGCAAGCGUUACUUUGGUAGUUAAGCAAUGCCAAUGGUGCCUCAUUUCGGUCUCUUGUUAUUUUUUGCAGAUGCAGAGGAAGCUUUCUUUGACUCUGAGAACAACACUGAAAAGAGCUGUUUAUUGCUACAGUUCAUCCUUGAUUGUCUCCACAAAAUCUUCCUCUUUGAUUCCCAUCAUUUUGUGAGCAAGGAGAGAGCAGAAACAUUGAUGAUGCCUUUGGUCAAUCAGGUAUUGAUAAACGUAUUUUCGCUUAACUAUUGGGCACUGCAGACAUUUUUGUUGGGUACCUUUAAAUGUCUUCCCUUUUAUACAUCAUUUCAUACAUACAUUUCAUUAUCGUUCAACUAACAGACGUAUGGACAUGAGGGGGGGGGGGGAACCUUGGCUGCUUCAUAAUUUUCCAUUGUUGUCAAAGCACUAUACCAAGUUUAAGCCAUGCCCGUAGCAUCCGUCACAGGAAUUUGUCGGUCAGUAAUCACACAGUUCAGAGAUGGAGUUAACUCUUUAUUAUCAAAACCACAACCUCCACAGACUUGGUUGAAUGCCAUGCCUAAUAAGCAGAGCAAAUCAUUCCCAGUAGUCUUCCUCCGUGAACAUAAGUUGCCGAGACUGAAAGUCCCCACCUCUUCACGAGAGCUUUUCCUAAGCAAUCAGAGACUGCCUACGUGUAGCCAAACUUUUCUGCACCCUUUUCAAUGCCUCCUCUGGUUCUGGUUACAGCAGCAGUCUGUGCCUCUUCACCAACUGGACUCAUCUCUGCCUCUUAGCCUCCCCCAUCCCACUCUCCUACUUCAGCUUCUGCCUCCGAUUCUGCCACAAACUCUCCCAGCUUACUAAGCCGUUACCCCUUCAGUUUCUGACACCUCCUCUUCCCAGUCCUCUCCCUCUGUCCACUCACUGUUGUCCAACCACCACUCCCCCCGGCUCUGAGCCCUCUUCCCUUGGGGGUUACCCAGCUGGUCCCUCCCACCAUUCCUCUGCGUUCAACCAAUCCAUGACAGCGUUCUUGCUUAGUCCCAUUUUUUUCUUCCUAUUAAAUGCAGCCGGGGUGGUGCAUUAGUUGACAGUUUUCAAGGAAGAGGUGUCAAAGGAUUCUAGAAACUGUAGGUGACUGGCAAGGAAUCUAGGGAAGCUAGCUAUCACAAUAUUGUAACUGUCUGAAACAAAAAAGGAAAUAAAUUAUUUCACUUUCAUGUGCAUGUGAUUUGUUUUCUCUAAAUAGCUGGAAAAUAUGCUUGGGGGAGAAGAGAGGUUCCAGGAGAGAGUGACAACUCACUUGAUCCCAUGCAUAGCUCAGUUUGCAGUUGCAAUGGCAGAUGACUCUUUGUGGAAGCCACUGAACUAUCAGAUUUUGUUGAAGAUGAGGCAUGCAUCACCCAAGGUAUGUGGCGGAGUUGGGUCAUAAAAUAAUAUUGCAUUUAAGUCACCCUGAUGUGACUAAGAAGGCAGAUGACUGUCAGUGGUAUGCAAUUGUUAUGUAACCUGAUUUCGGAUAGUUCCCUGCUUGCACUGCAGCGCCAUGCAUGUAGAGUGAAGUAUUGCUAUUGCAAACUGCUUUCUGCUUCUUCUUGCACAACCAUUAAGAUACAACUUUGUAGGUUUAACUUGAACUGCCAGUGGGACGCAUUUACUAAAACAUGUGACUAAAGUAAGGGAGCAGACUGUUGUGUGGUGGAUGAUAACUUCAGCAAAGCUGUGAUUCUGAAUUUGUGCACAGAAACUUGUUAUGCUUAGCAUUUCCUCUUCAGAAGUUUGGUGUUUAAAUGCAGUAACAUGCCCCACUGUGAUACUACUGGCUGCUCUCUUUUUGCUUAGGUUCGAUUUGCUGCCUUGUUAACUUUGCUAGAACUUGCACAAAAAAUAAGAGAGAACUACAUGGUGCUACUUCCCGAGUCUAUUCCUUUCUUGGCAGAGCUUAUGGAAGGUAAUGUAGCAUAUAUUAUUGUCACUGUGAGAAUUUCUACUUGGGAGUCUACUUUAAAUGAAGCCGUUGCUGCACUUUUCGCACCCUUCCUCAGUGGGGUUCAGGAUAGUCCAUAUGCCCUAAUAGAAACUGCUCAAGUCUGUUUGCACAUUGAGGUUCCACAAGCACUUCCACAGUGGUUUGUGCCGUGACUUGAUGGCCUGUUUUCCUUCUCCCCACUAGUGCUAGGAAGAAAUGAACUGCAAUCCCUGGGCUUAGCAUUCGUCAACUUGUGCACAUUUAACUUAAAUGAUGAAAACUUUAUGCGCUUGGCAACUGGCCAGCUGCAGUUGCAUAAAUUAAACACACCCUUAACAGGCUUCCAGAGCCUCUUUCAUUGGGGAGGGAAGUUAAUGGCUCCCAAUUCCCAUCUGCCCCAACCAAUGGUCAGGAAUGAUAGGAGUAGCAAUCCAACAGCACUUGGGAGUGCCAGAGAUAGCUGCUCACUCCUGUUUAAAUAUUUCAUAGUGGAUGAAACUAUUGAGUUCCUUUUUGCCAGUGACUUCAUAGUUACUAUGAUGUUUGUCUGUCCCCCUCCUCCCCAGAUGAAUGUGAAGAAGUGGAACACCAGUGCCAGAAGACUAUUCAGCAGCUUGAGGUUAUUCUUGGAGAACCACUGCAGAGUUACUUCUAAGACUAUCCAUGGUCUUUUUCUUUUCAUCAUUCUCAGUAAUAUUUAAACAUAAACGGUGAACAUUUUUUUAAUGUUAAACAAGAAUUUUAAUUGUAUACAUUUUUUUCCACUCUGAAUUGUGAUAUUAAAAAACAUUCAUUUAUAAACGGUUGGACACUUUAUCCUUUCUCUGGCUUGCGUAAACUGGAUGUGUUCUUCACAUUAGGAAAGUGUGAGGUAAAAACACAUCACCCAACUUUGUGCCUGAAGCAAAAACUCUUCUGUAUCACAUCCUACUAAUGACAGGCAGCUGUGACAGCUGAUACUUCAUCUAAAUUCUGCAGUAAAUCUAGCUCUUGCCUCAACCCCCAUGAGGAAACUAACACUGUUCUGGCCUAGCUGUUUAAAUAAAAUCUUCUGCCAACUUGGUGGAGCUGAAGAGGAAACUUCACUCACUACUUGGGCUUAUCUCUCUGUGACCUAAUCUCUGCUGGUGGCAUUGUUAAAUAAAAGGUUUCAGGUAGACCAGGGAAGGGGAAUGCAUGGGCCUCCACUUGUUUGAUUAUACCUCCUCAUUCCUAUUGGCCAUGCUGCCUUGAGAUGAAGUCCAACAACAGCUGGGAGGGCCACAGUUUCCCUGCCACUGCAGCAGGUCAUUAUAGUUCAUUUUUUAAAAAGAUAAUACCAUGACUUCCAAAAUUCUUUAAUUUUCUCUACACAGCUUCA